AACACUAGCGAUUCCCGGGGAUUCCUUUUUCCACGUGCUGCAACCGUCACGUGACUCUAUAAAAAAAGAUUAAAAACAACGUUUUGAAGACGUCAUAGAGACAGACGUUCGUGCGCGCGACCUGCUGGGUGUUAUGGAGGAGCCUCCUGGUUUCCGGUAGCCUAAGCGCGCAACGCGUGAGCUCGAGGCGGACGGCGCGCGCCACACAGCCUUCCAGCAUGGCCCCGAUGCUCCUGCAGAAGCUGUUCAACAAGAAAGCGACGGCCACCACCGGGGGCGCAAGAGCGUGCUCGACGGACGCGGAGAAUCGUUGGGCUUCUGCUGAGUUUGAUCUCGCACAAAUCCGAUUGAUUGUGUAUCAGGAUUGUGAAAGAAGGGGUCGCCAAGUACUCUUUGACUCCAAGGCUGUACGGAAGCUGGACCCAUCUGAACUGAAUGUCGAAGAGACGAAAGCCCCGCCCACCCGAAGCGGCGCGUGCCAGAUCGGCUGCAAAGCAAAGCAGAAAGAAACACCGCCUACUUACCAGUACUCAAGACCAUCCUCCGACGUGAAUAUGCUUGGGGAGAUGAUGUUCGGCUCCGUUGCCAUGAGCUACAAGGGGUCGACGCUGAAGAUUCACCAUAUCCGAUCACCUCCGCAGCUGAUGGUCAGUAAGGUUUUCUCGGCACGUUGUGGCAGCAGUAACGCAGGCAGCACCAGCACUCUCCAGGACAGCCUCGACUCGAUUAGCCAAACGUGCCCGAGUCACAGCGGCAGCAUGGCUCAUAGUAAUCCUGUGGACAUGCCAGGUCGUGGACACAGUGAAGACAGCGACAGUGGAAUCGCCCGUUCAGCAUCACUCAGCAGCCUCCUGGCCACGCCCCUCCCCUCCCCCGGUUCGUCCUACAGCAGCGGGUGUGCCAGCAGUUACCAACGGCGAUGGCUCCGUAGCCAAGCGACCAGCCUCCAGCAUGGCCUGAUCCCUCGCUGGAGCACAGAUGAGAUGUUCAGCCUGUCAGACGAGAGCUGCAGCUCAAACCCCGGGCUGAGCCGCAGGAAGAAGAUCGCGGUCAGCAUCAUCAUCAGCCUGCCGGAGAAAGAGGAGGAGAACCACGGCUUCCAGGAGUUCUUCUUCUCGCACUUCCCGCUGUUCGAGUCUCACAUGAAUAAACUCAAGACCGCCAUCGAGAGGGCGAUGAUUGUGUGUAGGAGAGUAGCAGAGCCUAGUCAGCGGGUGCAGGUGUAUUUGUGUCGGGUUAUGGAGGCACUGGGAGACUUCAGGAUGACCGUGUGGAACCUGUACAUGGCUCCGCGGAUCACCGAACCCAUCUGGCUGACCAUGGUAUCCCAGAGUGCCGAGCGGAACCAGUUGUGUCAGCGCUUCCUGAAGGAGAUGAGCCUGCUUAUGGAGCACGGGGCCAAGAACCAGUUCCUGUCUUCUCUGCUCACCGCUGUGCUCAUGUACCACCUCGCCUGGGUUCCCACGGUGAUGCCUAGCAACCACCCGCCAAUCAGAGCUGUUUACCAGAAACGCUCCUCCCACUCUGUGGACCUGCUGGCUAAGUGUCAUCCAUACAACCCACUGUGGGCUCAGCUAGGAGAUCUGUACGGUGCUUUGGGUUCUCCGGUGCGAGUGUGUCGCACCGUGGUUGUCGGACGCCGACGUGAACUGGUUCAGCGUGUCCUCUAUGUUCUCUCCUACUUCAUCCGCUGCUCUGACCUCCAGGAAAAUGCACUUCCUCAAGCACAAACGGACAGUCCGGCCAAUCCCUGCCCUUCUCAGACCACUAACUCCGCCCCCUGCUCCGAGAGGACCAACGAGAAACCACACGUCUGUGGGUCAGAGGCUGCAAAUUCCAGCCUUACACCGGAAAGGACCAGCGAGAAAACGCGAACAGCCGACGCCGAUUCUACCGACCCGACUUCCAGUUCAGAAGAAACCAUCAUAGAAGCAGGAGACUCUGAAUCGUCUGGCUCCUCCACUUUUUCUGAGACGGCCGACGAUAGGCCGGAACGUACUCAGGAAUGUUCUGGGGAGACGGGACUAGAGCACGUCUUGGCCAAUCCCAGCCCUCCUGUGCAUAGGGUGCAGUUCAUGAUCGGCAGCCCGAAGGAGGUGGUGAACGACAGACUGCGUCAAGAUAGGACUGGGCCGAGGUGUGGGCGGGGCUUACACAGGAAGAUGCCCAGUAGGCUUUUAACGGACAGCUUGGACAGUUCUGACGAGGAGGAAUCGUCACACAGGCAGACAUGCACAGGAAAUGAACUGCAGCAACAUGAACUACCACUCCCAAGCUGUGACAUGGAGAUCCGCCCCGACGUGAAUCAUUUCGGCCGCUCUCUGCUCGGAGGUUACAGUCCUCAGUACAUGCCUGACUUCGUCCUGCACGGCGUCACCUCAGAUCAGCGGCUCAAACAGUGCCUGAUGGCCGACCUGGAGCACACGGUACUGCACCCAGCGCUGGACGAGCCGGUCGCCGAGGCCGUGUGCAUCGUGGCGGACACGGACCGCCUCUGUGUUCAGGUGGCGACGACUCAGCGGCGCGUGUGCGAGCCGGGACAGAUAGGAAGAGACGUGAUGGUCUCCAACCUCGUACACACACUCCUGACGUCUGUGCUGCAGCUGCACGCGCUCAACAUGGCCGCAGACUUCUGUGUCAUGCACUUGGAGGACCGCUUGCAGGAGGUGUACUUCAAGAGCUGUUCUUUGGCAGAAUAUCUGAGAGGGCAGCGACGAGUCCAUGUGAAGGAACUGGGACUAGCGCUGGGGAUCGAGUCCAGCGAUCUUCCACUACUCGCGGCUGUCGCCAGCACACACUCACCCUACGUUGCCCAGAUCCUUCUGUGAACGGAGCUGCUUCACUACGCCGACCAAUCGGAGUGCGCUACCUGCCUACAGCUGACCAAUAAGGAGCUGAUCACCGUUAGUGUGGGUUCACUCUGACCAAGAUCAGACCAAUCAGGAUCACAUUAUUAGCCUAUAAAGAGAGAUUGGAUCGCAAGGUUUACAUCCUUUCUAGUCUCCAGACUGUGAGAGUGUGUGUGUGUGUGUGUGAGAGGAGUGCGUGUCAGCCUUGUUUCCUUGCCCAUGUGCACUGUUUCCGCAGAGCUGUUUAGUCUUAAAAGACCGGAACAGGUAAUGCUACUUAAGUCGUUGUAUAGUACAAGUGACGAAUUGAAGGAAAAACCUUUUUUUAGCAUUUAUUAUUAUUAUUAUUAUUAUUAUUAUUAUUAUUAUUAUUAAUAUUAAAUUUGAUGAAGUAGCACUGCUGGUUUGGGUCGUAUUCAGAAAAACGUUCCUCGCUAUUUUCUAACGUGGAGUAUUUUGGCGUACGAGUUUGUAAAGCGUAGCGGUUUCGGUCAGGGCGCGAUGCCGAGUCCUGCCUCGCUUGCUUUUAUUUUCACACCGCAACAUCAAUCUCCGCUGGGGGCAUGGGGGGGGGACAAAAAAACGCACGACUCUGUAAAUCAGUUGCGUGUUUGUUUACAGCAGUGUUCAUCAACCCCGUUUCUGUAGACCUGCUUCCUGACGACUCGGUUCCAGCCGUAAUCCUAUCCAGCAUCUGGCUAAUCGAGUAGACUGAUUAAGAUCAGCAAGGUGUGCUGGAGUAGGAAGGUCUCCAGAAACAGGUUGAUCGCUGGUUUACAGAAAUCAGAACUCACGUAAGAUGUUAGUAUUCGUUAUGGGAAACAGUUAGUACACGUCGGUUAUCUCGAGUACUUUUCAUCUCCUGUUUGUUUGUGUCGUGUUUAAUAUAUAUACCAUAUUGGGGUUUUUUGUUUUUCCAAUUUUGGGUUGUAUGGCUCCCUCUUGUGGUGGCAUUUAGGUUUACAGGAUUGUUCACAAAGACCAAGAGAGAUUUUGCUCCGAGUUUGUACUCUGAAGUCGAGGUUGAGAUUACUUGUAUUGUUUUUUGCACUAUUAGUGUCUUAUUUAUCUCCGCAUCAAGCUUAAACUGUAUAUAAGCCAUGAUUUAUAUACAGUUUAUGUCCUCAAGGUGUCUUUACAUAAUAAGCCACUAUUAACUGUGUGUGAGUGAGUGGGGAUGGGUCGAUAACGUCUAUCAGGUGCUACCAUGUUAUACACUGUGUAAAAGUAUGUUAAAACACAUACUCUUUUAUAUCGGAUCUACUUUACUAAUACCUUCUUCCUGCAGAGUAAGCCACAUCCAGCUCUAUUCAGGCUCGUACUCGCCUCCUUAAUUUUACUCCGUCUUACGUUUGUUAUUUCCUUAAUAUUCCAGAGACUGUCUGUUAUUUUUGUACACUAAAUUCUACCUCACGGUUGCUUUUAAAAGCAGUCCGGAUCUCAAGACAGGCCGGUCCGUUCUGGCCAGGGUCAAAGAUCUCCUCCUUUAGGCGGCGAGCAAGACUGAAGAAACGACGACCGAGGUUUGGGACGUUUCAUGUCCGUGUUUAUGGCGGCGUGCUUUUGAAUGAAACCAUUUCGAUCUUUUUAAGUUUGAUCCUUGUAUACGGAAUAAAGUUGAAUAAAUUUCUCAUGA